AUGCUGCGGAUAGUGUCUAGUCUUCUAUUGCUUACGGCAUUUGUUAGCGCUAAUAGCGUCAUUCCAUACUUCUUACAUACAGAUAACGAAGCUACCGUCAAUGAGUGCGUUGAGAAGGUAUUGGAAGAUCUCAUGCAAUCAACUUGUCUGUUCUUCCGUCAAAGUUCACAAGAAGAAGCUCGAAUCACCAUUUUACAAUCAACAAACUGCGCUUGGCAACAAGAUAAUAAUACUGUCCAUCUGAAUGAAGAAUGCAUGAAUGAAGAUGUUUGUUUCGAAAUUGUUGGAAGAGCUUUGGAAGUGAAUCAACCACGUGCCCACAUCGUUCGCCAUCUCAACGUUAACCAUAACUGCACAGAAAAAUGUUUGACCGAAUGUCUUCACGGUGGACAGAUUGAUGAAGCUGCUGACGGAAGUUGCUCAUGCAAAUGCCCAUACGGAUUAAAGGGAGAGAGAUGUGAAAUCCUUGAUAAGCAAAAUGUCUUCACUGAUACCUCUUGCGGAAUUGUUGAUGCUUCCAAAACUGAAAGCGGCCAAGUUUCUCUUUCAACUUACCCCGAAGGACGACCAAAAUCUACUUUCUGCCAAUGGCUUAUUACGACUUCUGACCCAUGGUCCGUCAUUGAUGCUGAAGUCGAGAAACUUGGAUUGGAUAACAUCGAUGUCAGCCCUGGAAUGCCAUGCAACGAUAUCAUGACUGUUCAUGGAACUGAAAACAAUGAGAAACAAAUCAAUUGCGUUGAUCAUAACAAUCAAACAUUGAAAUUCCACUCUACUGGCAAUACCUUGUUCAUUGAGCUUCGUUCAAAUCCUUUCUCUGAAAACACAUUUACUGGUCCACUCAUCACUUACCGUACACGAAAGGUUCAAACAGGAGUUCGCACAUACUCGGAAGGAAUGUCUGCUUCAUCAAGCACACUCAUAAUCUCAUCGAUGUUGAUGGUUUUAUUCAAAUAUUUCUAA